UCUACCACCGCACUGUGCAUUUCCAUAAAAGGGCAGCUGUUACCACUGUAUGAUUUAGUGUUGUAUACAAUUUACAGUGUCAUGAGUCAAUGUCUUACUAUUCUAAUUCCCACCAUUCUUAUGUGUUACUUGAAGGGAAAACAGCAGAUAACUGUUAUUCCUCUACUAGCUUUCUCUGCGUUGUUCUAUGUUGCCAAUAACCUAAGGCAGUAAAAGGCGCUGUUGGAUAAAGGAGACUAUAGCGCGCAGAGCAAAGUCGGAUUGAGUUAAACAGUGACGUUAUCGUCUGACAGGGAAAAAGGUUGAGGGACUCCAUUAGAAAAUCCUGAAGGAAACUGCGGGGGGAGUUUAUCUACGUUUGGAGUAAGAGGAUAAAGACUUUGACUCUGUAUUAGGCUUCCACUCGGUGUUAUUUGAUAAGGGGCAGAAAGAUGGCCUUAGACGGGAUAAGGAUGCCAGAUGGCUGUUAUGCUGAUGGGACGUGGGAGCUUAACAUUAAUGUGACCGACCUCGACCGGGAUGUAACCCUGCGAGUCACUGGGGAAGUGCACAUUGGAGGAGUGAUGCUCAAAUUGGUGGAAAAGCUGGAUGUGAAGAAAGAUUGGUCUGACCAUGCACUUUGGUGGGAAAAGAAAAAAACUUGGCUGCUGAAAACACACUGGACUUUGGAUAAGUAUGGAAUACAAGCUGAUGCUAAGCUGGAAUUCACACCUCAACAUAAACUGCUACGGUUGCAACUCCCCAACAUGAAGUAUGUGAAGGUCAAAGUGAACUUCUCUGACAGAGUCUUCAAAGCAGUGUCCGACAUCUGUAAGACAUUUAAUAUAAGACAUCCUGAAGAACUUUCACUUCUGAGGAAACCCAGAGACCCAACAAAAAAGAAAAAGAAAAAAGUUGAUGACAAAGAGCAUGCUGAGGAUGAAGCAAUUGAAUUGGAAGGACCAUUGAUUACGCCAGGAUCAGGCUCUGAUGUUCUAUACAUCGGACCAGCAAGAGGAGGCAUUUAUUCUAGUCCUGGUCUGUAUAGCAAGACUAUGACUCCGACUUAUGAUUCAAGGGAUGGAAGUCCUCUUUCACCAACAUCUGCUUGGUUUGGUGACAGUCCUCUGUCAGAAGGUAAUCCUAGUAUCCUCGCAGUUUGCCAGCCAGUUACAUCCCCAGAUGUUCUUGCCAGGAUGUAUAAACCUCAAACACUUCUCGAUAAAGCAAAAUUGAACCAGGGCUGGCUAGACUCUUCAAGGUCUCUGAUGGAACAGGGAGUUAAAGAAAAUGAAGCCUUGCUACUCCGUUUCAGAUACUACAGCUUCUUUGAUUUGAACCCAAAGUAUGAUGCAAUAAGGAUAAAUCAACUUUAUGAACAAGCUAAAUGGGCCAUUCUUCUUGAAGAGAUUGAGUGCACAGAAGAGGAGAUGAUGAUGUUUGCUGCAUUACAGUACCACAUCAACAAGUUAUCAAUAAUGUCAUCAGAAAAUCAUAUGAAUAACAGCGACAAGGAAGUUGAUGAAGUUGAUGCUGCACUAUCUGACUUGGAAAUUACAUUGGAAGGUGGCAAAACCUCAAAUAUUCUGGGGGACAUUACUUCAAUUCCUGAACUUGCAGAUUACAUCAAAGUAUUUAAGCCUAAAAAGUUGACGUUGAAAGGCUACAAGCAGUACUGGUGCACGUUCAAGGAUACUUCCAUUUCCAGCUAUAAAACUAAGGAGGAAUCCAAUGGAACCCCAGUUUACCAAAUGAACCUCAGAGGAUGUGAAGUGACCCCUGAUGUAAAUAUCUCAGGUCAGAAGUUCAAUAUUAAGUUGCUGAUCCCUGUUGCUGAUGGAAUGAAUGAGAUAUGGCUUCGUUGUGAUAACGAAAAACAGUAUGCAAAUUGGAUGGCAGCCUGUAGGUUAGCAUCAAAAGGUAAAACCAUGGCAGACAGCUCUUACAACUUGGAGGUGCAGAACAUCUUGUCAUUCUUAAAAAUGCAGCAUUUGAAUCCUGAUCCUCAGAUUAUUCCAGAACAAAUCACAACAGAUAUAAAUCCUGAAUGCCUUGUAUCUCCUCGCUACUUGAAAAAGUACAAGAGCAAACAGCCAGGCUAUGUAAGGGACUUGAUCACUGCCAGAAUUUUAGAAGCUCACCAGAAUGUAGCCCAGAUGAGUCUCAUUGAAGCCAAGAUGAGAUUUAUUCAGGCUUGGCAGUCUUUACCAGAGUUUGGCAUCACCCACUUUAAUGCAAGGUUCCAGGGAGGUAAGCGUGAAGAAUUGAUUGGGAUUGCCUACAACAGAUUGAUUAGAAUGGAUGGCCAUACUGGGGAUGCAAUUAAAACAUGGCGAUUCAGCAACAUGAAACAAUGGAAUGUCAACUGGGAAAUUAAAAUGGUAACUGUAGAGUUUGCUGAUGAAAUGAAGGUUUCCUUUAUCUGUAGCGAGGUGGACUGUAAAGUUGUCCACGAGUUCAUCGGUGGAUACAUAUUUUUGUCUACACGAGCCAAGGAUCAGAAUGAAAGUUUAGAUGAAGAAAUGUUCUAUAAGCUUACUAGUGGCUGGCUGUGAUGUAUACCAGAAGAUAAACUUUGAACAUUGCAAAUAUUUUGAUUUACCUGAAGGAACUGUCAUUUGAGACAUAAUGCUUUACAAAGCCAGCUUGGAGUGUAACAUUUUAUCAUGGACGUUUUUUUAUAUUCAUUACAAGACAAUUUAACAAUAUUUGUGCACUAACGAGCACUUCUUGUUUAAUAUGCUACCAAAUGUACCUUGCAGCUUUGUGAAUCACUAUCCAGUGCAAAAGACUUCAUGGACAGAUGCAGGUUAUUUUUUUUUUUCAAAAAGUUAAAACACUAAUUUCUAAGAACUACAAGCCAUCCUUGGCAGAAAUGUAAAUGUCUGGGGUUGAAGAUAACUCUAUGAAGAAUAUUUAUCAAUUUGUAUGCAUGUUUAUUUUAUUAAUUUUGACCUGCUGCUCAAACUUCAGUAUCAAAACAGUCAAGUUUUCAAUGUUCUGUUUUUCAUACUACAGCAGUCAGGACUAUUGGAGAAAGUUGUAUGGAGGCAAGAAGGAUUUUUAUUUUGUAGUAGAUAUUUUAGAAAUGGUUAGCAAUUAAUUUUGAUAUACCAUUUAUAUUGCCUUAAUUGUUUUUAUUUUUAAACCAUAUAGUAUUAUGCAAAGUAUUUUAGUAUUCACCAGCAUUAGUCACCUGUUAAAUUGAAAUAUGCAAUAUUUUCAACUCGAUAUGAAGACAAUUCUAUAUGAAGUAUUAGUUUUAUGUAACUAAUGUAAAAACAAGUUUUAUAAAAUUGUACAGUUUUUUUUUAAUAUAAUCUCACAAGCAAAUUACCAAAAUUGCAUAGGUCAAUUGAAAAAGAAACAACUAUGUUGGAGUUGCGAAAGUGCAUUCAAAAAUCGAAGGAUUUACAGAUUUAUUGCUGCUUCCAUUUUAUUGUGAUGGCUAGUCUAACCAUCACAAAUGCCAUAAUGGGAAGUUUUUCCAGUGGUUACAGAAACUGUGUAUAAAUGCUUUUAUUUUAAAUAAAAUGAAUUUCAUUUAUUUAAUACAGAUGAAAAUCCUUUUAAUUAAGCCUUCUUAAAAAGAUUAGCAAAGUGAAAUGUGUGGUUCUGUGUGGAGCAAUGCUAAUGUGUGCUGUCUUGCAGUGACUGCAGUAGCUCAGUGAAGAAUCUUUUCUGAAAUGAGAACAUAUCUCAUUUUAAUUGAAUCAUCUCUCAUUUUAUUAUGGAUAUUUCUGAAGUAUGUUUCACAAACCUGGAGCUUUUUGUUUUAUUGGAAUUGUUUUACACUUUCAAUAAAUCUGCAGACCUCUUGAGAUACCAGUAGCAAAGUAUAUGAACAUUUGUGACACUAACAUGAACACGAUGUUAAACAUCAUGCAUUUCAGGUAGAACUCCCUUUUUCGGCAUACAAGUGUCAAGCUGGCCAUGGUAUAUUAAAGAUCACCUGUGUUGUUGAACUAAUGACUUGAGUUUAACUAAAGGCAGUGCCGCCUUAAAUCUAAUAGACAUAAAUGAAUUUUUAACCCCUUCCCCAUUUGUCUUCAGUUUAAUUUUCUAUCUUUAAAGUUUCUACAAUCUUUAGUCAAGGCCUCCAUCCGUGAUACUUUUCCUUAUAAUCUGUAUAUGUGAAAUAUGAAAUGAGUUAUUGCUUCCUUUAAAAUAUCAAAAACAUACAUACUGUUAACAAAUGUAUUUCUCCUGUCCUUCAGAUUUUCUAAAAAAUCUAGUUAUGUAUUCCAGUGGCAUUUUGCAACAUUCACCACAUUAUCAAAAUCCAGUCAUGUAAGUUUAUGUUGGUGCAUAUUCAUUCCGUUUAUAAAUACAGUGGAAAGUGUAAUAUUUACAGUGAUAUGUAUUAUUGGAUUGUAGGUUACAUAUUGUAAGGUUACCAGUAGCAAUGAGCUAUGCUGUUAAAAUACUGGAUUUAUAAUAAGUGUGGUUUAUUCCCCAUGUACUAAACAAACCUUUUUGCCUUUACUUGGUAUCCUAGUGUUCAUCUAAAAUUUUUUACCCCAGUUCACAAUAAAGGCAAUGAAGAAACCA